AUGUCCUCCCUCUCCUCCACCUCGCCCGCCAUCCGCUCGCUGCCACCAGCAGUGCUGGCGCUGGCCGAGGCGCACGCCGCACACGCCGCGCCGCUGCUGCGCACCUAUGCCGACCUGGCGCACGCCGCCGCAUGGACGCAGCUCGACGUGCUCGACUUUGCGCCGGCCGGUAGCAGCGGCGCAGUCGACACGGGCGCCAAUUCAGGCUUCGCAGUUGUGCGCGGCCUGCGUCCCGAGCGCACCAAGCGCGAGGUCGUCGUGCCGUGCCGCAUCGAGAACACGCUGAGCAGCGCACACUUCACGAUGCUCUUUGACGCACUCGAUCGGCUCAGCGACGGGCCAAGCAGCGACGGCGAAGCGCUGGCGCCGACGGAGCGCGCUCAUCUGCUCCUCGCCAUGCUCUCGCCCGACGGCACCGUCGUGUACUACACGCUGGCGCGCGGCAUCGUCAAGCCGGUCAACUAG